AUGUUGCUACUCAAACACUUGGAGAAGCAAGUGCUAAGAAACGCAGUGGCUAUAAAUCAUUCGAAAACUCACUGUCGUUUUCGUGCGUUUCAUUCCACGUCCACUUUCAAGAAUGAAAAUUCGAUCCAAGUUGAUACCAAGCCGAUCAAACCUAUAAGUACUGAUCAAGCCGAUGGCAAAGAUACAAAAUCCAAACCGAAGGAUACGACAGAUAGUGCAGAGUUUUUACCCGUCAAAUUCUCUGACUUAAAGGGAAAGGGAUUCAUCAAUAAUGCCAUUUUAAAUGCAUUGCAUAAAGCCAAAUUUGAUACUUUGACCCCCAUUCAGCAAAAAGCGUUGAUUCCUAUUAUUAAAUCUGAAAAGGGUGUUGUUUGUAGGGCAAAGACAGGGACCGGAAAAACCUUGACGUUUAUCAUUCCAACUGUUGAGAGUGCAAUCAAAAGGAUGACUCAGGAGCCUGAUGUUCAGGGAGUGGACUCCGUCAUUGUUGCACCUACUCGUGACUUGGCUUUGCAGAUUCGCGACGAGUACGGGAAAGUAUGUGCCAAGUUGCCAAGGUCAAUUCAACCUAGAGUUUCAAUGAUUAUCGGAGGACAAAGAACCACCUUCAAUUAUAGGUCCCCUAGUGAAAUUGUGAUUACAACCCCUGGUAGAUUGGAAGCAGAUUUGAAAGAUCCGAGGUUCUCCAAAUGGUUCAGAAAUGUCAAUUACAGAGUAUAUGACGAAGCUGACAGAUUACUCGAUGUUGGGUUUGAACCUCAAUUGAAUAGCAUCAAUCGGGUUUUACGUGACAUUAGAGAGGAGGAUGCACCACCAAUGAAGUCAUUGUUGUUUAGUGCAACUGUGGACGACUCGAUAACACGUUUUGCCCAGCAGCACAUCAAUAGACGCUACGAUUACAUCAACACUGUACCCAAGGAUGAGCCGGAAGUUCAUGAAAAUGUUCACCAGAUAUUGUAUAAAUGUGAGGAUGGUGUUGACAAGUUUCAGUCCUUUUUCGACUAUGUUGUUGAUGUGGUUAAAAAUGAAGAGAAGGCCAAGAUGAUUUUGUUUUUGCCAACCCAAACUGCGGUGGACUGGUUUUAUGACUAUAUGCAACAAGCCACCCGCUCGCCAGAAGUUGCUGAUUCAUACUUGGAUUUUGGGAUCUAUCUUAUCCAUGGUAACAGAACUGCUUAUCAGCGUAAGAUUGCAUUGGCUGAUUUCAAACACUGCGACAGAGGUUUGUUGAUUUCCACAGAUGUGGCGGCAAGAGGUAUCGACGUCAAGGGCGUCACACACGUGAUUCAAUUGUUCCCUUCUUCAGAAGUUGCCGAUUACGUGCACAAAGUAGGAAGGACUGGAAGAGCAGGUGCCAAGGGUAAGGCUAUUUUGUUCACGUCACAAAGUGAAUUGCCGUAUGUUCGUAAAUUAAAGAGAGAGAGAGGUGUCGAUUUCCAAGAAAUUAUUGAAAGUACUCCUGAAAAAAUUCACGCAAAAGUGUUUGAUUCAAUAAAGCCAUCGCCACAUCAAACUAACGAGUUCUUUUUCACGUUUAUGAACUACGUGAUCCAAGUGAAAAGCAUGUAUCGUUUAGAUGCCAAUCAUAUGAUUGAAGAUACUGUGAACUUGUAUCGCUCCUUGCUUAAAGAUGACACUGCGAAAUUGAGCAUUUCCUCAUUGAAACACGCCGCUCGUCAAUUAGACAGAACUCUUUUGAGAGAGUAUUUCGAACACAAGGGAGGAAGAGAAAUCGACUCGUUUAGAGAAAAUGGCCGCGGACCACGUCACUCCAAUAACCGUGCCAGUCGUUUCUCAGGCAGCGGUGGUGGUGGUGGUGGAUACCGAGACUUGGACAACUACAGACGCCGUGGCUCCGGUGGAAAUCGGCAACAGAAGAGAUCGUCGUUCAGUGAUGAUGAUAGAGGUAAUUUUAGAGGCCAAAGAAGAUCAAGUUAUAACACCAGAAGCUAUGACUAG